AUGAGAGAGUUGAAGAAGUAUGUGGUAUGGAAGAGUCCUCGCUGUUUGGUAUGUGGCAUUGUUGAUAGCAUUGGCUUCGCCCUCGCACGUUACCUUCUACAACACACGGAUCUCCCCAUAAUCGCCACAGCACGAAGGAACUCUGAUAACCUGCGCCAUAGACUCCUGUGUGGGAUGGAGAACUCUGCCGCAGAGCAGCGACUGAGUGUGUUCGAUGUUGACGUUACAGAAGAACCAACAGUCCGGUCUCUAGCAGAUGAUAUCCGACAAACGCACCCUAAAGCACCACUCCGCCUGGCCCUGACCGUGCCCGGUAUCCUUCAUGUCGAGAAGUCUCCCUCCCAGAUCGACGCGCAUGCAGCUCUCGAAUCUCUUAAAGUCAACACCAUAGGCCCAAUGCUCCUGAUGAAACAUUUGACUCCCUUCCUACCCACGCGCUCCUCGCCUCUCUUUGACCCUUUUGACGGUGAGGUGAAGCUGCCUCAGCAUGCCAUCUACGCAAUGAUGGCUGCUCGGGUGGGCUCAAUCUCCGAUAACCGAAUGGGAGGCUGGUACAGUUACCGGGCGAGUAAGGCGGCGGUUUUCCAAUUGGCGAAGACGUUGGAUUUGUACUUGGAAGGGAAGUGCGCGGAUCGCGCGAUCAGUCUGGCCAUGCAUCCAGGGACCGUGAAGACGGAUUUCACCAAGAGCUAUCAAGAUGGAAGGGAGAUGUUGAGUGCGGAGGAGUCGGCGGAGAGGUUAUGUGGAGUGCUUGGUAGCCUGGGGUUAGAGGGAAGAGGAAGAUGCUGGGAUUGGAAGGGCUGUGAGGUUCGUCCGUAA